GCUCGGAUUUCAAGAUGGCGGUCGUUGGACGUUAGCGACGCGGCCGUCGGCGAUCUAGUUAGCCCGGCUGUAUCCCCCCCCCCAAAAAAGACGUUGCUGGCUGGGCAGUGGCGCGUUUCGUUUUGCUUUUUGUGCUGUGUGUGAGGAGCGAGGGAUCCCCCGCGCCGAGCGCACGCAAAACCGCACAUUGUUACCGCGCUUGGAUCAUGCGGUUAGUAACGAAGUUUGAAGCCAGAGGUUAAGGAACACGCACCCCGCGAGGACUGGCGAAGCCGCUCCUCGUUCGCCGCCACCAUGUCGGAUACUAGACGGCGUGUCAAGGUUUACACGCUCAACGAGGACCGGCAGUGGGACGACAGAGGAACGGGACACGUUUCGUCAACCUAUGUCGAAAGGUUAAAGGGAAUAUCUCUGCUGGUUCGGGCGGAGUCCGACGGCUCACUUUUACUGGAGUCCAAAAUCAAUCCAAAUACUGCAUAUCAAAAACAACAAGAUACCCUUAUUGUUUGGUCUGAAGCAGAAAACUAUGAUCUUGCAUUGAGUUUCCAGGAGAAGGCAGGUUGUGAUGAAAUCUGGGAGAAGAUCUGUCAGGUGCAAGGCAAAGAUCCAUCUUUGGAGAUCACUCAGGACCCCAUUGAUGAAUCCGAGGAGGAGCGCUUUGAGGAGAUGCCCGAGACCAGCCACCUGGUGGAGCUACCCGCCUGCGAGCUGGCUCGCCUGGAGGAGAUAGCUGACCUGGUGACCUCGGUGCUCUCCUCACCCAUCCGGCGGGAGAAGCUAGCACUGGCACUCAUCAGCGAGGGCUACAUCAAGAAGCUGCUGCAGCUCUUCCGCACCUGUGAGGACCUGGAAAAUCGGGAAGGCCUCCACCACCUCUACGAGAUUGUGCGUGGAGUGCUUUUCCUCAACAAGGCCACGCUCUUUGAAGUCAUGUUCUCAGACGACUGCAUCAUGGACGUGGUGGGCUGCCUGGAGUAUGACCCAGCUCUUGUCCAGCCCAAGAGGCACCGGGAGUUCCUCACGAAGACGGCCAAGUUCAAGGAGGUGAUCCCCAUCAGGGACUCGGAACUCAGGCAGAAGAUUCACCAGACAUACCGGGUGCAGUAUAUCCAGGACAUCAUCCUGCCCACGCCGUCGGUCUUCGAGGAGAACUUCCUCUCCACCCUGACAUCGUUUAUCUUUUUCAACAAGGUGGAGAUAGUGAGCAUGCUCCAGGAGGAUGAGAAGUUCCUGACUGAAGUGUUUGCCCAGCUUACGGACGAGGCUACAGAAGAUGCUAAAAGAAGGGAGCUGGUCAACUUUUUCAAAGAGUUUUGUGCUUUUUCACAAACACUGCAACCCCAAAAUAGAGAUGCUUUUUUCAAGACAUUAGCAAAUCUAGGAAUUCUUCCAGCGUUGGAAAUCAUUAUGGGUAUGGAUGACCUCCAGGUGAGGGCAGCAGCCACAGAUAUCUUUUCAUAUCUGGUGGAGUUUAGUCCUUCUAUGGUCAGAGAGUUUGUGAUGCAGGAACCGCAGCAGGCUGAUGAUGAUGAUGUGCUGCUGAUAAACCUGGUGAUAAAGCAGAUGAUCUGUGACUCUGACCCUGAGCUGGGUGGUGCGGUGCAGCUCAUGGGCCUUCUGCGCACCCUCAUCGACCCUGAGAAUAUGCUGGCCCCCACCAACAAAACUGAAAAGACUGAAUUCCUUAGCUUUUUCUACAAGUACUGCAUGCAUGUACUCACUGCCCCACUGUUGGCCAACACAGCUGAGGAGAGGAAAGAUUUACCAGAGGAUUCUACAAAAGUCAACCCAGUUUGUCCAGAUAAUUUCCAGACAGCCCAGCUGCUGUCUCUAAUACUGGAGCUGCUCACUUUCUGUGUGGAGCACCAUACCUACCAUAUAAAGAACUACAUAAUGAAUAAAGACCUACUGCGGAGAGUGCUGGUGCUCAUGAACUCCAAGCACACCUUCCUGGCACUGUGUGCCUUACGUUUCAUGAGGAGGAUAAUAGGUUUGAAGGACGAAUAUUAUAAUCGUUACAUCAUUAAAGGGAACCUAUUUGAACCGGUCAUCAAUGCCCUGUUGGACAAUGGGACAAGGUAUAAUCUUCUCAACUCGGCCAUCAUUGAGCUCUUUGAGUUCAUCAAAGUGGAAGACAUAAAAUCGCUCAUUGCUCACAUAGUCGACAACUUCUACAAAGCACUUGAAUCCAUUGAAUACGUCCAAACGUUCAAAGGCCUUAAGGGCCGCUAUGAGCAGGAAAAGGCCAGACAGAGUCGAUCUCUUACCAGGUAUCGUCGGGAGGCCCGGUCUCUGGAAGAUGAUGAAGAAAUGUGGUUCAAUGACGAGGAAGACGAGGACGACGCAGAUGCAGGUGUGGAGAAGAGAGUCGAGGAAGACUUUCCAGAGAGCUAUGGGAAGUUCAUGGGGGCGAAAAAAGUUAAAGACAGUGAGGACAAAGAAAACCUUCCAAAGCGGACCCCAAGCGGCAGCUUUAAGUUUACGUUCUCUCAUUCUGCAGGGACCACCAACGGAAGCAGCAGCACCAGCAGCAAACCGGCGUCAUCGGCCUCCCCUGCCGCACCCAAUGGCUCCUCGGCCAAGGUGGCAUCACUGCCAGCUGCACCCAUGGUGAAGGCGGGCCUGGUCGGCCUUGUGGACUACCCGGACGAUGAAGACGAGGAGGACGAAGAAGAGGACGAUGAGGAAGAGGAACUGUCGCCACGGAAACGGCCCCGCCUUGGAUCGUAAACAACGGCCAUGGUCCUCCGCUCCGGUCUCCCGUGGGGCCAGUGAGUCCUGGUCUUGGGGGCUUAAGGACCCAACCCAAAACCCCCUUUGCCCCAACCCCCCUUCCCCCCAGCUCUACCUCCUGCUCCCGCACAAACACCAGACUCGGGCAUCAGAGGAGCUGACCCUUGCCACGGUCAUCUGAACCCCUCCCCACCCACACCCUUUUGUGAUCUAGUUGCAUCAGAUUGCACCAGCAAGGAGGCAGAACAUCACCACGGCUGCACCUCCUCCAGCCCCGGGGCAGGGGUUUAACGCCAGAGCCAGUCAGCCUAGCAGGACUAGCCACUUAGUAUUGGAAGCUUGAUUGGCAGAGCCUAAUGAGACAUGCUUCUUUUUCUAUCUUAUUUUAUUGUUGUGUUUUUUUCAUCCAGGUUGGGUGGAGGCAUCAAGGUUAAAGAAGGGGGACAAAGCAACAAUAAAAGGAGCAGAACUCAGAAAUCGUCAGUGUCCUUGACUUGAAUUUUAAUUUUCAGAUGUUUGGAAUCUUGUUUUCUUGAGUUUAUUAUGAGUAGUGUACAGCUGCUGUUUUUCUUUCCCUCUUUUUAAUUCUUUGGCCCUUGAGUGAUUAUUUUUAAUCAAAAAGGGGACAGCUAUUCCUGCCAGUGUAAAUUUUUCCCCCACAUUUUUGGUGCGCAUCAAGGUGGGAUGAUUGUUGACCCUUUUAAAUUUUUUGAUUUCACUGAAGAAAUACAGAAGUUGUGAUGCUGGUUUUAAAAGUAUGUACUAAACUGCAGUAAAGUCAUUUUUGCAGAUGAAUGGAGCAUGUCUGAGGGUGUCUGUGUCAUGUGAUUGCGUUUAUUUAGCCAUAAGGAGUCCAUGUCUGAAGGUCUGCCAACCCUGGGAUUCCUCUUCCUUUUGGAAGGAUGCAAGCUCUGCUCGUUGUCAGAUGCGGCAUGUCACCAGCAUAGUGUGUUCCUAAAGUGUUAAAUACUGUCAAUAUUAAUGACCUUGAGCAGUAUGUAGACAUUGAGGUUGCCCUUUAGGUCUGGGGUGGUCUAUCCUUGCUCGUGGUGAUCCACAGUGUAGAACUCACAUCUGGCCAAAAUUUAGGACAACUGGUUCUAAUGUUCAGCUACCCCUGAAGAUCUCGACUGGGUUGGUCAGAUACGUGUAAGGCGGAAAAUGAAUGGGGUUUCGGCUUCCCUGUGCAAAAUGGGUCUCGAGCAUGGCAGGACACCCUGGAUUUAAAAUGGUGCCAUGUGAAGGUGAUGCAAACUUCCUCCGAGCUGAAGGUGUUGAAUUCCAACUUGCGUUAUGUCCGGGUUGUUUAGACUUGAGUACUGAUGGCUGUUUUCUUUCUUCUCUCCAUGGAUUUUUGUACAAUUCCAAUGAUUACCAUUAUCUCCAAUCCAGAGCAUUUGUAUACAUUUGAUAUUUGAAACAGUUUUCCGAUUAAAUUUAAGCCUGGCAUUAAACAAGUGGUCUAGUUAA